AUGGCCGAUACUCGCUCAGACUCCGAAGGUGGCUCACGAGCUAAGCGCCAGAAGACGGACGCUGACCCAAAGAACAACCCUUACCUGGCUCACAUGUAUGAGAACGAGAACGGUUCUGAGAACUCGGCUUUCGCCAAGUUCAAACGACACCAAACAACCUCUGCUCUCGCAAAGAAGGCCGAGGAUGGCGAGAUCAACCCUUUCAGUGGCCGUCCGUUCUCCAGCAAAUAUUUUUCGAUCCUGAAGACCCGUCGUGAUCUGCCAGUUCACCAGCAACGUGACGAGUUCCUGCAACUCUACCAACAAUCCCAGAUUCUUGUUUUCGUCGGUGAGACCGGUUCCGGAAAGACCACGCAGAUCCCGCAAUUCGUCCUUUACGAUGACCUCCCUCAAACCCAGGGCAAGAUGGUCGCCUGUACGCAGCCGCGUCGUGUGGCUGCCAUGUCCGUCGCCCAGCGUGUCGCUGCCGAGAUGGAUGUCAAGCUUGGCGAAGAAGUUGGUUACAGUAUCCGUUUCGAGGACAUGACUGGCCCCAAGACCAUCAUGAAGUAUAUGACCGAUGGUAUGCUGCUGCGCGAGGCUAUGAACGAUCACAACCUGUCGCGUUACAGUACAAUCAUUCUUGAUGAGGCUCACGAGAGAACUAUGGCAACCGAUAUCCUGAUGGGUCUCCUGAAGGAGGUUGUAGUGCGUCGUCCUGACCUGAAGAUUAUUAUCAUGUCUGCUACUCUGGAUGCGCAAAAGUUCCAGCGUUACUUCAUGGAUGCUCCUCUUCUUGCGGUCCCCGGUCGUACCCACCCUGUCGAAAUCUUCUACACCCCCGAGCCGGAACAAGAUUACGUCGAGGCCGCCGUCCGAACUGUGCUACAAAUCCACGCCACUGAAGCCGAAGGAGAUAUUCUUUUGUUCUUGACUGGUGAAGAAGAGAUUGAAGAUGCUUCGCGCAAGAUUGCCCUUGAGGGAGACGAGAUGACUCGAGAGGCCGAUGCUGGUCCUAUUAAGGUCUACCCAUUGUAUGGUAGUCUGCCUCCACACAUGCAGCAGCGCAUUUUCGAUCCUGCGCCUCCUCCUCGCCGUCCUGGUGGCCGACCCGGUCGCAAGGUCAUUGUGUCCACCAACAUUGCGGAAACCUCUCUAACCAUUGAUGGUAUUGUUUACGUGGUGGAUCCCGGAUUCUCCAAGCAAAAGAUCUACAACCCCCGCAUUCGUGUCGAGUCUCUCUUGGUUUCCCCCAUUUCCAAGGCCUCCGCCCAGCAACGAGCUGGUCGUGCCGGUCGUACACGUCCUGGAAAGUGCUUCCGUCUUUACACCGAGGGAGCAUUCAAGAAGGAGCUUAUUGAGUCGACUUACCCCGAAAUUCUUCGAUCGAACUUGUCAUCAACGGUGCUCGAAUUGAAGAAGCUUGGCAUUGAUGAUCUUGUCCACUUCGAUUUGAUGGACCCGCCUGCGCCAGAGACUCUGAUGCGAGCCUUGGAGGAACUUAACUACUUGGCUUGUUUAGACGAUGACGGAAACCUCACUCAGCUCGGUCGCCUGGCCUCCGAUUUCCCUCUCGACCCUGCGCUCGCUGUCAUGUUGAUCAGCUCGCCCGAAUUCUACUGCUCUAAUGAGAUUUUGUCCAUCACUGCUCUUCUCUCUGUGCCGCAGGUCUUCACUCGUCCUGCUGCCCAACGAAAGCGCGCCGACGAAAUGAAGAACCUUUUCGCCCACCCCGACGGAGACCACCUCACAAUGCUGAAUGUUUACCACGCAUACCGCGGAGCUGACGCCCAGGCAAACGCCAAGCAGUGGUGCCACGACCACUUCCUCUCCUUGCGAUCCCUCCAAUCUGCCGAUAAUGUGCGUUCCCAGCUCCUCCGCAUCAUGGAGCGCGAGGAUCUGGAGAUGAUCUCCACUCCCUUCGAGGAUAAGAAGUACUACGAGAACAUUCGCCGCGCGCUUUGCGCCGGAUUCUUCAUGCAGGUCGCCAAGAAGGACACUGGUGGCAAGAGCCAAUACCUCACAAUCAAGGAUAACCAAAACGUCCUCGUGCAUCCGUCCACCGUGUUGGCUCAUGAGGCCGAGUGGGUCUUGUAUAACGAGUUUGUUCUCACAUCAAAGAACUAUAUUCGUACCGUAACUGCGGUCAAACCUGAGUGGCUCUUGGUAUGUUUCAUCCUAACCAUUCACUGCAACUUGAGUUCCAUGCUAACCAUCUUCCAGGACAUCGCCCCUACAUACUACGACAUACAGAGUUUCCCCAAGGGCGACAUUCGGUCUGCUCUUGUUCGGGCUGCCGAUCGCCUCUCUCGCAAGGAGAAGAUGCGCGCCGAGAAGCGCCGAUAG